AUGAUGUUUGAAGUACCCAAGGCAAAAAGAAUCAAGCGCUCGACAUUUCUCGCUGGGAACAGCGACGAAAACAGCUCAGAUGGAUCUAGGCGUUCUUCAAGACAGGUCUCUCCAUCUCAACCAGAAGAAGAGCAUCAGAUUGUGGAGGUAGACUAUGGCUUCCAGUACGACUUCGUCACUCCUCAACAACAAGCCGCUCAAGAUCCCAUUCCAGCAUCUGUAGCCAAACCCGGCAAUCAAGAAAAUGCAGAGGAUCAAGAUCAAGAGAACGAAGAACCAACCUACCAAUUCCGGCUCUUCAACCAACCCACAACGACCUCAGGCUCUACGUCGAACCCGCAGAGCUCCCAACUACCAACCCAACACCACCAAGCAAUCCGCCUCUCCACGACCCCCGAACCAGGAAUCACCGAAUAUUCUCUGGAGUCUGCACGGUUCAUCCGUCCCCGGCGUCCAGACACCUAUCACUUCACAUCCGCGCUCCCUCCGGCGACCCAACUCCAGCGACAAUCCCAGUACUUGGAGACCGCCAUGUCGUCGCACGACGUGCUUUCCAACGCCACGUCAAAAUGGCCCGGCACCGCUGUCCCCUGGCGUGUCAUCACCAUCACUCUGCCGUCAACAUCGACAUCGACAACCAAGAAAUCCCCUUUUUCACGCUCGUCCAAGACCCAAGCAACAACCUCCACGCCUAAAGCACUGCACCCCCAACCCCGGCCCCGCCCCUCCAAGAAACGCCGCAUCCACCUCCGCCGGCAACUGGCAGCCAAAGCCGAAGCGGCGCAGCGCGCGACGGUGACGGACGCGGCGGAGCGGGAGAAGCGGACGAGGAGGAAUCGCGAGAAGAAGGUCAAGCGGAAGGAGAGGGAGAAGAGGAAGAAGGCGGAGAUGGGGACCACUGAUGGUGGAGGUGGUGCUCAUUCGGGUUCUGGUACUGAUUCGGAGUGA